AUGUCGCAUAUGCUAGAUUUUAAGAAAAUAUGUCGGGCUUGUUUAUCUGACGCUGGUCCAUUAAGCGAUUUGUUUACUGUUUCAACAUCAGGAAUAUUUAAAUAUUGCACAUCUGUUGAGAUUUCUGAUAGUGAUUGUAUGCCUAAGUUAAUCUGUCAAAAGUGUCUAGAUCUUCUAAACAAGCUCUAUAACUUCAAGCAAGUGGUUGUGAGAUCAAAUGUAAUAUUGAAACAACAAUGGAAGUUACAGGUCAAACCCGAAUCUCACCUUACAGAGAACAAUGAAAACAGUUUCCUAGAUGUGAAUAUUACAGAAACAAGUGAUGAUGUAUUAGAAAAUACAUCAGAAAAUAUGACACAAAAUUGUAGUGACAAACCAUAUGACACAGCUAGUCUUAUAAGUCAAAUACUCGCCCGUCGCAGGCGAAGAGGUCCAGGGCGACCGCCAAAAGAACCGGGUGGGGCCCAACGCCGCUCCGAGCGUAUGAAGUGCGUCAAGUGUGGCAAAAGUUUCCAAAAGUAUGAGAACUUUGAGGCACAUAUGAGAGGACAUUUUGGAAAACAGCCAGAUAUAAAAUGCAAGCAUUGUGACAAGACGUUUCUCUCACUACGAAGUCUGAGUAGCCAUAUUCGCAUUCACAGCGCAGUACGAAAAUACCAAUGCCUAUCUUGCGGCAAGAGUUUUGCAUAUCUCAACGUUUUGAAGAACCACGAACUGAUACAUGCAGGUGUUAAGAAACAUGAGUGCCAUAUGUGCGAUGCUAAGUUUGUGCAGGCGUAUAACUUAAAGAUGCACAUUGACACACAUAACAACGAGAAAAAGUACAGUUGUGGUGAAUGUGGGAAGCAGUUUGCUCAGCCCGGGAACCUUAAGACCCACCUUGUGAGACAUUCCGGGAUCAAGAAUUACGCCUGUUCCGCUUGUGAUAUGAGAUUUUAUAUUAAGGCAGAUUUAGUUAAACACAUGCGGUCACAUUCCGCUGAGAAGCCGUUCUCCUGUCACAUGUGCGAUAAGACUUUUAAAAGUAGAAGUUUUCUGUCAAUACAUAUGAGGACUCAUACAGGUGAACGUCCGUACGCCUGCGAUAUAUGUCCUAAAAAGUUCAUGGCACGAAAAGACUUACGCAAUCACAGAAUGAUCCAUACUGGCGAGAAACCCCACAAAUGUCAGCUAUGCAAUCAGGCGUUCAUACAAAAAUGUGCGUUGAACCGGCAUAUGAAGGGACAUAGUAAACCUGAUUUGAUCAGGGAGAUACCGAUCGACAAUACACCGCAAAUUGGUUAUCCAUAUUUGUGA